AUGGCGGCGCAGGCGGCACAGCGGCUGCACAGCGGCUCCGGGGCGGCCGAGGUGGCGGAGGCUUUGGAGGAGGAGAUCAAGUCCUGGCGAAGACAUCCGGGCUUCGCGACCGCCGUGCUGAAGCGGCUGGGAUCCGGGGCGAACGUGGAGGUGCUGGGCCAUGUCUUAAGCUUGAUGCAGCAGAAACGCGUGGAGCUGAACGUGAUCCACUGCAACACGGCCAUCAAGGCGUGUUGCUCCGGAGCCUGGCUACAAGCGCUGAACUUCCUGGAGCAGAUGCUCCAGAUGCGACUGAAGCCGGAUGUCUUCACCUACAGCUCUGUGAUGACUGCGUGCUUAAAGGAGAUGAAUUGGCACGCAGCGCUGCAGAUCUUCCAUAAUUGUAAGUUGUUCUUGAGGCCUGAUUUGGCUUUGAGCAACUGUGGGCUCCAUGCUUUGAACCUGGCGGGUCAAUGGGAGGCGGCUAAGCACUUGCUUUGGCAACUGCCACAGUUGGAGUUGAGGGCAGAUGUAAUCAGCUUCGGGCCUGCGAUUGCAGACGUGGGCUGGAAGCAGUCGGCGCUAAUGCUGGAGACGAUGGAGGCCUCCGCGAUAGAACCGGACCGGAAGAUCUUCAGCAGCUUCGCGGUGACCGGCGAGUCCGAGGACAUCUGGCAGCGGUCCAUGGGGUUGCUGGACUUGAUGCGGCAACGAGAUUUGGAGGCAGAUGUCAUCAACCACAGCUCUGCCUUGGCUCCUCUGGCGGAGCAGCUCCAUUGGCAAAUGGCACUCGCCUUCGCUGCUCAAAGCGAUGGACACCAUGGCGCCCUGAGCCUGUGCAAUGCAGUGCUGCGGGCGGUGCGGGGUGAGUGGAGAAUGGCUGUGGCAGAGAUCAACGGGCUCGUCAUGAAGGGCUUGGAACCGGAUGAGGUGAGCCGAAACACGCUGCUGGCAGCAGUGGGAUCCGCAGAGAGAUGGCAGACGGCAAUGCAACUGAGUCUCCUGAAUGCUCGGACACCUUGGAGGUCAGUGGUGAGUCUGUGGGAGCAUCACCGGUGGCAAGGCUUGGAAGUCCAGGCUGCAGCGAGCCUCGCAAUGCGUGGUUCGCCCUGGGAACAACAGCUGUCAUCCCUGGAAGUCCUAUCGAGGUCCUCGAGCGACGACCAAGCCAUGCUCAGUUCGUGCUUGAACUCCUGCGAAGCAGCCAGCGACUGGCAAGUGGCUUUAGCACUCCUAGGCUCCAUGAGCGUAGAGGAUUUCGAUGAAGUGAGCUUUGGUGCGGCCAUCAGCGCCUGUGCCAAGGGCGCUCAGUGGCUGGCAGCCUUGGAGCUGCUGCAGGAGGCCUCCCAGUCUCGUUUCGCCAGUGACAUCGCCCGCAACGCCGCCAGCAGCGCCUGUGAACGAGGCAGCCAGUGGCAGUUCUGCGUCUUCUUCUUGGAUGGAACCUCCCCUGAUCUCAUCAGCUACAACGUGGCCCUAUCAGCCACGCAGAAGGCCAGCUAUUGGAAACUGCCCUGCUUUCUACUGGAAGAGAUGGGCGAGGAGACCGACGAGAUUUCUCGAGACACCGUGAUCUUCGCCUGCGCUUUCCAGUGGCGCCACGCGCUGGAGAUCUCCGCCGUGUUUAAACGGAAGUUCUUCCUCCCAGAGAGCCCGGUGCUGCUGGGGUCUGGUGCCCUGAGCGGCGCUCAGCUGAACCGGCUGGCGGAGGAGGUUGAAGCAGCUUUGCUGGGUGAGCUGAGGUCCAUGAUGUUUCGUCGAUUGGUCGAUUGCGAGGAGAAUCAGUGGGUGAAAAUGGGAGCUCAUCACACUUUGGAGAUUGAGCUGAAUAACAAGCUGACCCUCGGCAAGGAUCGAUGGGAUGCCAUGCACCUCCAAGAGCUGGAUGAAGCCACAGAUGUUCACAAGACCUCUGAGGUGGCAGUGUUGUUAAUGGAGGCUGGACUUGCCAACUUUCAUCUCCUCACAGCCGUCCUGGCGAAGGACGUGCACCGCGUCAGCGUGGCGUUGCCCAAGAAGCGGGCCACCACCACCAACUACGACAAGGCCUUGGUGCGCUUCUUUGAGCAGGUCUACCAGGGUAUCAAGGACCAUGUGAACCUUGACCUGGUGAAGUGUGUCUUGCUUGCUGGCCCGGGCUUUGUGAAGGACGACUUCUUAGCCUGGAUGAUCCAGAGGGCCACCCAAUCGGGGUGCGGAUGCUUGAAGGAAGGGGUGCAGCUGAAAGACGACGCGAGAGGCACCAGAAAAAAAUCGGAAAACACUCUGGCCAGUUCCCUCAUCAUGCCGUAA